AUGCUCUAUCUGGGGAUCUUAUCCAGCCUUGUGGUGUUGGCCACUGCCGCACCUAAUGCAGACACUGUCAAAGUUUGCGACUAUCUACACAAGACCUAUCCACAAUACAUGGCCUACGACACACUCGGCACAGAGGCUCUCAACUCUGCAUACAACGCUUCAGUAUAUACGCAGAUCAACACCGACUACUGGAACAAUCAAAACUCAUACCAAUUCCGAGCGGCGUGUGCUUUCUUCCCAGCCAACGCUGCGCAGGUCUCAGACGUUGUGAAGCAGCUUAACAAGUAUCCAGACGUGCCAUUUGGUCUCAAGUCGGCAGGACAUCAGCCGGCACCUGGAUUCUCUUCCACAAAGGACGGCGUGCUCAUUGCGUUCGAGCCCAACCUUGGCAAGACGGUUACCCAACGAACAGCGGACGGCAAGCAUUACAUUCUUGGACCUGGUGCGAGAUGGGGUGAUGUGUAUCAGAUUACAGGCAAGAACAAUGAGAUCGUCGUCGGCGGCAGACUGGCACACAUUGGCGUUGGAGGGCUGACUCUCGGAGGCGGGUUGUCGUAUUACUCGGCGCAAUACGGCCUCGCAUGCGACAACAUCGACCAAUUCGAAGCCGUCCUCGCAAACGGCACCGCCGUAAACGCCACUCGUACUUCCAACCCUGACCUCUGGUGGGCCCUCCGCGGUGGAGGCAACCAAUUCGCCAUCGUCACAAGAAUGUGGUCGCAAGCACAUCCUGCAGGCGUUAAUGGACAGAUCUGGGGUGGUAUCCGGGCAUACUCCAUCGACAAGCGUGAGGCGCUCUUCCGUGCUGUUACGAGAUUUGUGCGAGAUUACCCUGACGAGAAGGCUGCGGUUAUCCCUGUCUUUCAGUUUGGCCUUCCCCUGAACCUCCUCAAUGCCAUCACUGGACCCAUCAUGUUCAUGUUUUACGAUGGACCAAACCCACCGGCAGACCUCUUCAAGGACUUCGACGAUGUUCAGGAGCUUUUCUCUACUACCAAGACUAAGUCAUAUUACGAUAUGUCGCAAGAAGCAGGCGGCGCAGCCAUCGUGGGCUUUGGCAAUUCGUUCCGCGAGAUCACUGUUCCCAACCUUCCCGAAGAGUCAAUGACCCAGUUCUUCUCGACUUACUGGGACAUGUACUACAAUGCCACAUUCAUCAACGGGUUGCAAGACCUCGACGUUCAGGUAACCGGAUUCGAUCCCCAGCCCCUUUCCGUACGUAUCGCCCAAGCUUCGCAAAAGCAAGGCGGAAACGUCUAUGGUCUCAACCCAGACCACGGCGACCGCAUCUGGAUAGAGAACAACCUCCUCUGGACGAACCCUACCUGCAACGAUCGCUGCCCUCAGCAAUCCAAAGAGCUUUCUGAGAGCCUGCUUCAAUAUCAGAAGGACACGUACGGCUCCCAAACGGCCACCAACUAUAAAUCUGGCGAUCCUUCCUUUACAAAUUUUAACCCCCUUUUCAUGAACGAUAUUGGACCUGAUCAGGAUAUCUACAGUUCCUUUGGCCCAGAGAACCUAGCGAGGUUGAAGCAGAUCAAGUCAGCUUAUGAUCCUACCGGUUUCUUCACGAAUCGACAGGGAGGCUUCAAGCUACCUGCGUAG